AUAUUUGAUAAGAAAUAAUUUAGAAUGUCAAAUUAAGUUUUAAGUUUGAUGAAGUAACAUGUCAAUUCUUCGUGUUGGUGGUUCUGUGUUCCAAAGAGUUGUUGGAUUGUCAAAAGUUCAAUGGUGUGCACCAAGUACUAGCAUUGUGUCAAAGAGGUUUUAUGACCCGGAUCCAACUCCUAAGGGAUAUGACAAGAGCUUAAUUGAAGAUGAUGAUUUGGUGUGCUUGCUUAAAAGCGAUGAAGUUCUUUCACCAGAGCGCAGAGCCACACUAGCAGCCAAAUAUGGGUUGAUACCUGAAGAUUAUCAUCCUAUGAAUGAUAGUCUUUUUAAUCUGGGAGAUUACCCGAUUCUUCCAGCAGAGAGUUGCCUAGAGAGAGACCCCUACUACGAUUGGGAUGAUCCAUUUUAUAGGCGAAAUUGGGGUGAUCCUAUCAGUAUAGAUGUUGACUUAUACUCUCCACUUGUCCUUGACACUCGUCCUCUGCCUUAUGAUCCUCAACAACAGCGUAGAGUUCUUUUCACUUUUCUAUUUGGUUUCUUUUUCUUGUGGUUUUUAGGAGAGAACUACAAGUCUGGUUUGCCAAGAUGUCCAAAGCAGUACCCAGAGCAUCACGUACAAGAUGAAAUUAAAACUAGUAUGUCAGCGGAUCCUUUCAUUAAACGAGGGAUGGAGCCAGUUAUGAAAGAAAGGCAUCCUGUAACUCACUACACAUUCGAAAAGUUCAAGUGGGACGCCUCAGCUCAUUAACUAUUGUAUUGUGUUCACUGAUAAUAAAUUAUAUGAGGAUUC